CCGCGUCUGCAGCCUCCGGAGUCCCCCGGCCGUUCAUGGAAGAGAUGUCAGGAGAGAGUGUGGUGAGCUCAGCGGUGCCAGCGGCUGCCACCCGCACCACUUCCUUCAAAGGUGCCAGCCCCAGCUCCAAGUACGUGAAGCUGAAUGUGGGCGGGGCGCUCUACUACACCACCAUGCAGACGCUGACCAAGCAGGACACCAUGCUGAAGGCCAUGUUCAGCGGGCGCAUGGAGGUGCUCACCGACAGUGAAGGCUGGAUCCUGAUCGACCGCUGCGGGAAGCACUUUGGGACCAUACUCAACUACCUGCGUGACGGCGCGGUCCCCCUGCCUGAGAGCCGCCGGGAGAUCGAGGAAAUGCUGGCAGAAGCCAAGUACUACCUGGUGCAGGGCUUGGUGGAAGAGUGCCAGGCAGCCCUCCAAAACAAAGAUACUUACGAGCCUUUCUGCAAAGUCCCUGUGAUCACCUCGUCCAAAGAAGAGCAGAAGCUCAUAGCCACGUCCAAUAAGCCGGCUGUGAAGCUGCUGUACAACAGAAGUAACAACAAGUACUCCUACACCAGCAACUCUGAUGACAACAUGUUGAAGAACAUCGAGCUGUUCGACAAGCUGUCCCUGCGCUUCAACGGGCGGGUCCUGUUCAUCAAGGACGUCAUCGGGGAUGAGAUCUGCUGCUGGUCCUUUUACGGCCAGGGCCGCAAGAUCUCUGAGGUCUGCUGCACGUCUAUCGUCUACGCCACCGAGAAGAAGCAGACCAAGGUUGAGUUCCCCGAAGCCCGGAUCUACGAGGAGACCCUGAACAUCCUGCUGUACGAGGCCCAGGACGGCCGGGGACCCGACAACGCACUGCUGGAGGCCACCGGCGGGGCAGCUGGGCGCUCCCACCACCUGGACGAGGACGAGGAGCGCGAGCGCGAGCGCAUCGAGCGGGUCCGGAGAAUCCACAUCAAACGCCCCGACGACCGAGCCCACCUCCACCAGUGAGCCCGACGGGGCUGCCCCGCCUCCGCUCGCCCGCCGUGCUCCUCUCGGUUCCUGCGCAGGCUCUGUGGAGCCCCGAGAGACCGUUAACAAGCCAAACAACUCUUAUACUUCCCGACAAGGUAGACGGAUUGUCUGUAGGCAGGUGGACACACCCCUGGUGGCGGCCAAGCGUGUCCUGGUCUCUCCUUCCCGGGAGGGUGCCAGGAUCCCGGCUUCCGCCCUUCUCGGAGGACAGGCAUGUGUGGAUGGGACGUGCACGUGAGAGCCUUUGUUUGCAGUAUUUAUUUCUGUGAGUGGUGACUACCUGUUUGAAAUGGUUGGAUGACGAGCCCUUUGGGGUUCGGGUCGAGAGCUCCCCGGGGGACCCUUCCCGCCCAUUGAUGGGCACCAGCGGUGUCUUCAGCCCCUCCCUCUCCCACUGUUGGCCAGCCCCACGGCCUUGCUCCAAGUCUUCUGCAGCAGGACAUCGCCCGGGCACGCUGCCCAGUCAUCACCGCCAAGGUGGCCACUCGGGCACUUGGUGCCUCAGAGCUCUUGCCUGCCCGGCCCCACUGAAGGCGCAGGUUUGUGGCCACCGUGGCUGUGCUUUGGUCUGGUGCUGGCCAGGACUCCAGGCCAGACCGGGGCAGAGCUGCCCCUGGCGGUGUGUGCCCGCUGCACUCCGGGAGGGCCUGCUGGCUCCAGGCUCUACUUCCGCCUUGGCCCUGUCCUGCUGGACUUGCUGCUGCAAGUGGAUGUCCCCAACCCCCCAGAGACCCCCCGAGGAAGGCCACCAUGGGGGUAGCUUCAUGGCUGUCAGUGUGGCCAUCACCCAGGGGUCCCUCUCGUUUCUUUGAUUUUGACGGUGUGGAGCGAGCAUCUGUGAGCGGGUUGAGCGUGGGUAUGGGCCCCGACGGGGGCUGUGUGUGACGCAGAUGGGACCGUGGGCUCGUGGGCCGCUGGAGUCCGGCUGUCUGCCGGGGGCUCGUGUCGUGCAGACGCUCCUGGUUACCUACCUCCCGGGCUGCGGGCGGCAGCGAGCGGAGACUCGACUGUGGAGCGGUGAUGACGGGGUGUGAGUGUGAGUGAGUCGGGGAGGGGAGGGGCUCUGCCUGCCUGAGGCGGCUGUGACCGGUUUAUACCAAAGGGACUCCUAGGGGCAGCCUUUGACAUUUUGUAUUCCCAAAAUGGAGUUUAUAUUUUGAAAGGAUUUUUACGGUUUGGACCCUGUUUGCCGGCCCAGCGGCAGCUCGAAGACUUUAUCUUGUCCCCUGCAGGGCUGCCUGCGCUAACGCAAUCGGUGAGUGACCCUGAGGAACACACCCUGGGCAGAUGCUUUUAAAACUGCCCUCCAGGGAACUCCGGAUUCCCCUAGGUGAAAGCUGACCGGAUAACGUUUUCAUAGCUAUUUUAUACUGUUCACAACCAACCCUUGGGUCGAACUUUUUUUUUCUAGAAAAGUAAAAAGAAUGUUUUGCUGUUUUCUGUAGGAAUGGAAAAGCCAUCAUAAUUU